GGGGGGGGAAGGGUUGGGGGAUACCUCCGCCGCCAGCGCGUGGUCCCGGCCCCCUCCACCCGCGGUCUCGGCCGCGGCCAGCAGCCCCUGCCCCGCGGGGGACGCUGACGGCCGCAGGGCGCGCCUCCCCGGCACACGGACAGGGGGCGCUGCGCGCGGCCUGGGGCAACCCCGGCCAUAGGGGCAGGAAAGUGAGGGCCCAGGUCGGCCCGGGCGUGCAGGGGCCCCGGGUUCGCAGCUGCGGCAGCGACAGCGGCUUUAGCAGCAGCGGGAGUGCCGGGUGGAACCGGGAAGCCGAUGGCGGCGGCGGCCCCGAUUCCUCGCUGACUUGCCUGUCCGCCCUCCUGCACUCAGCGCCAUGUUACCGAGCCAAGCUGGGGCCGCGGCGGCUCUGGGCCGGGGCUCGGCCCUGGGGGGCAGCCUGAACAGGACCCCGACGGGGCGGCCGGGCGGCGGCGGUGGGACUCGCGGGGCGAACGGGGGCCGGGUCCCCGGGAACGGCGCGGGGCUCGGCCCGGGUCGUCUGGAGCGGGAGGCUGCAGCAGCAGCAGCGCCCACCGCCGGGGCCCUCUACAGCGGCAGCGAGGGCGACUCUGAGUCCGGCGAGGAGGAGGAGCUGGGCGCUGAGCGGCGCGGCCUCAAGCGGAGUCUGAGCGAGAUGGAGCUCGGUGUGGUGGUCGGUGGGCCUGAGGCGGCGGCGGCGGCCGCCGGAGGCUACGGACCGGUGAGCGGCGCGGUGAGCGGGGCCAAGCCGGGGAAGAAGACCCGGGGCCGCGUGAAGAUCAAGAUGGAGUUCAUCGACAACAAGCUGCGGCGCUACACGACCUUCAGCAAGAGGAAGACGGGCAUCAUGAAGAAGGCUUAUGAGCUGUCCACGCUGACAGGGACACAGGUGCUGUUGCUGGUGGCCAGUGAGACAGGCCAUGUGUAUACCUUUGCCACCCGCAAACUGCAGCCCAUGAUCACCAGUGAGACCGGCAAGGCGCUGAUUCAGACCUGCCUCAACUCGCCAGACUCUCCACCCCGCUCAGACCCCAGCACAGACCAGAGAAUGAGUGCCACUGGCUUUGAAGAGCCAGAUCUCACCUACCAGGUGUCGGAAUCUGACAGCAGUGGGGAAACCAAGGACACACUGAAGCCAGCAUUCACAGUCACCAACCUGCCGGGUACCACCUCCACAAUCCAAACAGCACCCAGCACCUCCACCACCAUGCAAGUCAGCAGCGGCCCCUCCUUCCCCAUCACCAACUACCUGGCACCAGUGUCUGCUAGUGUCAGCCCCAGUGCUGUCAGCAGUGCCAACGGGACUGUGCUCAAGAGUACAGGCAGCGGCCCUGUGUCCUCUGGGGGCCUUAUGCAGCUGCCCACCAGCUUCACCCUCAUGCCUGGUGGGGCAGUGGCCCAGCAGGUCCCUGUGCAGGCCAUUCAUGUGCACCAGGCCCCACAGCAAGCGUCUCCCUCUCGUGACAGCAGCACAGACCUCACGCAGACCUCCUCCAGCGGGACAGGUGGUGUCCCUCAGGUGUUCCUCACAGCACCGUCUGGGACCGUGCAGAUCCCUGUCUCUGCCGUUCAGCUUCACCAGAUGGCUGUGAUAGGACAGCAAGCUGGGAGCAGCAGCAACCUCACCGAGCUACAGGUGGUGAACUUGGACGCCACCCACAGCACCAAGAGUGAAUGAUCCGCCCGCCACCCUGGACAGACGGCCCAAGGGACGGCACCACUUAUUUAUUGUUGCCUUUUCACGGUUUCUUUACACACACAUUGACUGGCCGAAGGAGGGAGGCGGGGAGAAGGAGUGGGCAGCCACAGGACUAUGCCCUCUCACUCCAGCCAAAGACACGGCCUGCCUGCCCUUCCCUGCCCUCCCAGCUCCCCUCCUGCUCUACCUGUCAUGCUGUUGAUGGUGGGGCUUUCCUCCCUCCUCAGACCCCUUGCCAGCCUGGCUCAAUGUUUGCUCUGAGUAUUAGCUUACCCAAUGGGACCGUGCCCACCUCCCACUCACAGGCCUUCUGUGGGACUGGGCACAGCGUUCCCCUCUGAGGAAGCGUUUGGGGCCCUCUCUCCAGCCUCUUUGGCGACCUCUGGUUAGCUCUGUGUCUGCCACGGCCUGGGACAAAAGAGCCCUGCCCCUGCCCCUGCCCCUCAGGGAGCCAGCUGGGAGAGAUGGGGGCUUCUUCCCUCACACCGCCUCCCUCUGCUCCUUUCAGCUCCUUGAAACAGCUGGGCCUGUGCACUGGUCAGGUUAUUGGGGCCGCCUGCCCUGCCUUGCCUCUCUGUUCCCAUGGACCUCCAGGGGCUCUUGGGUUGAAGGGAACCACUAUUAGCGUUCUCUUCCUCCCCUUGGUCUUCCCCCUUCUCCCAGCUGCUUUACUUAAAAGUUGAUUUUGAACUUUUUAUUUGAGGAGAUGAAGUGAAAACAAAUCUAUAAAUAUAUAUUUUUAAAAUAUUUAACUUUUUUUUAAUGGCGUUUUUCUCAUCCCCCUCCCUGCCCAAACUCCCCUUUCCUGGGGAUGCUUUUGGGCUCCCUAGAACUGUCUGGGCCCCUGGGGACAGCCACCCCUUGAGCUGGGGUCCCCAUUGUCUGUGUGGGAGAUUCUGAGAUUGUUCCAUAUCCUGGAUUCUUUCCAGGAGAAAGCUGGGGGAGGGCCCCUCAGGCCAUGCCACGAAAGGAGGUGGGAGGGUGACCCACAGUUCUAGGCCUCUUUUGCCCUCUAGGGUUGCUGUGAGGAGGAGGGAAGAGGGGGAGCAGAUAUGGGGUGGGUGGGAUGGGAGGGUCAGGUAGAGAAGACUGGUUCAUUUGUGCCACAGCAUGGUCAUUGCAGCCUGUGCUCCCCCAGGCUCGCAGCUACCUGGGGCCCAAGUUGCAGUGAGCAGGAUGGGGUUUGGGAGGUAGGGAGACACAGGAAUGGGGGUCAGAAGUAGGAGCAGCUCUUGGGCUGAGUGCAGCAACGGGGAGCCAGACGUGGGCAGCUCUCCCAGGGAGUGAGCAGCUACUGUAACUUUUUUAAAUUAAGACAAAAAGCCUUGAAGAAAAUGACUUUAUUUUUCUAAGUGUAACCUCAGUAUUUAUGUAAUUUGUACAGGGCCAUGCCCCACCCCCUUAAAGUCCCCUUGGGGACCUUGAGGGUGGGCUAGCAUAGGGGAGGGUGUUUUACCCUGUGUCAGAGCCAGCCUAAACCACCUGUAUCCAUUAAAGGAGCUUUUUCAGGGGGGCAGUUGGGGUAGGGAGUCACUAACCCCUUGCUACUGCCUUCAGUAGGAACAAGCCUGCCUCUGUGGUUAGGUGAAGGGGUAGGGGAAGGUAUUAUGCAUAGCCUAGGUAUAGUGGGGAUGAUCUGCUGACAAGUUCGAGAGCCCCCUUAACCUCUAAUCCCCAUUGCUGUCUUCCCCAGCUGGGAUGCCACCUUUCUGGCCUUUCUCCUGGAAAUAGCUGGGGCUUUUGGGUGGCUUUCAAGACUGGGGCAUGGUAAACCAGGGCCAGAGUUGGGGAGCUUGGGACUCAGGUCUGUAACUGCCCAGCCCCCUUCUCUGCUCUUGUUUCCCUCCACUGCCACCCACUCACGGCCCCUCCCCCAACACCGGAGGAGGUGUCGAUUCCUCCUCACAAAAGAUAGAGCCAGGGCGAGUGAAUCAGGCAAAGUGCUUACCACAACGUGUGCUGUGUGAUUGUGGCCUUGGGAGAACCUGUUUGUCAGGACUGAGGUGGCAUUUCUAUGUGCAGCAACCCUUGGUGUUUCCCUUCCUAAGUGGCUCUGGGGGUGUGUGUGUGCCUGUGUCUGAGUGAAUAUAUGUGUGACUGUGGAGUGUGUGUGGAAAUAUCCGUGGUUUCUACUUCUCCUGGGAUGUCGACCCAGGAAUAGUGGACAUGGUCACAUCCUCUGUACAGAGCUUUCUUUUGUAUUAAAAAAAAUACUCUUUCAAUAAAUGUAUCAUUUUUGUGCACAGA